AUGUUCCUUGCUGAAAGCCUCGGCGAGAGUUGGUUCGGGAUUCUGGAGGUGCUACAGAAUGCUGAUUAUGUUUUGACAAGCAAAGGCAUUGCAUAUGGGGUCCAGACACCAGGGAGUAAAGGUGGUGCAUUUUCUCCUGGGAGAGGCGGUCAUACCACUCCAAGUCGGUCUGUGUCCAUGGCGUUGUCUUCGUCAGGAUCUGGACUUGGACUUCCCUCGGCUGCACUCUCAUCCUCUCAACAACCUUCCCCACGUCAUCCGCUCCUCAGUGACCUGGACCCGGAAAUGAUGUUAACUGCAAUACAGCGCCUGUUUAAUGCGUCAAAGAAUCUGGAGGACGGGGCGUUCAAGUUUUUCACUGAUGCCCUGUGUAAAUUGAGUGCAGAGAUGAUUGGGAUGCAAACAGGAACCGCGGAUGGGUUGGGUUUGGAAGUCAUUGCGGAAACUGGAAGUGUGGAGGAACUCAGUAAUCUUGAUGGAGUUGUACUCUCUCCGCCUGCGCCAUCGAUUGCAGACACUCCACAUCGCCGAAGAGUUAGCGGUAUCCACCUUCCAAGAACAUUGCGGUCAGGCGACUUCGGGAUCAAUAAACUCGGUGGUGUUAUUUCUCAAAACAUCCAUCGCUUGGUAUACCGGCCUCCAGAAGUUGCAUGGACCACCAUUACAACACAUCUCCUUUCCGUUAUUCGUCUUCCCACUGCUCCUCCACCAAUACGCAUUCAGGUCGCGAGGGUCCUUGAUGAUAUUCUCAUUACGGUCCCUCGCAACUUGGGUACCGCGGGAGAAUUGCAAGCGCAAGUUCAGCAACGCGUCUUGGAAGUACUCUCCUACCAGGUCAUACCGGACUACACCCCCCUACUUAGUGCUGCUACGGCGAACGUUGGUACUACCGUAGAGUUGAGGCGGAUGGGUCUAGAGACUUUGCAUGAAAUUUUGCAAGUCUCGGGACAUACACUGAUUGUUGGUUGGGAGACAAUAUUCUCCAUGCUUGAAAGUGUGUGUAGACCUCCGCCACCCACAAAAUCAGGCUCCGUGGACUCAACCAUAGCAAGCCCUACUGCUUCACCCCCUCGUGCUAAACCGAUUCUGCUUGGCCUUGGUGUACCUUCCGAAAAGAACUACACCACACUAAUCAAGGUUGCCUUUCAGUCUCUCAAUUUGGACAAUUCGGGCGGCAAGCCAAUUACCAACAUUGCUCUCACUGUUGCCGCGAGUCUUCUAUGGAGCGUUUCUGAUGCGAUCCAGGCGAAACGAAAAGAUGCUGAGAAGGAACCGGAGUACAGUGCUCUGUGGAUGUUUCUGCUAUUAGAGGUCCUUGGUCUGUGCUCAGAUGAUCGCCCGGAGGUCGGAGAUGUCCCCAAACAUGGGAUGAGUAUAUGGAAAGUCACAUUCCCGCUCGUGGACUCCUUAUCAACGGAGAUCCGUCGUCGUUCGGCGCUUGUUGAACCCUUCGAUGGCGCCGGUGCCGGAGAACAAGCGUGGGAUGAAUCCAAAAUUCUUGCCUUCAAUUCAAUUGGCUCCAUCUUCCACGAUUUCCUUUCCUCAAAACUCGUACAUCUCGAAUCAUUUCAUUCGGCAUGGGAUACCUUUGUGACACGCAUUCAAGAUUCCGUUCUUCUCGACCAUCGAUCCAUAAGCACGCCUGCACUGAGGUGCUUGGAGAAGGCUGUCAAGGCAUCCUCAGCAUCCAUUUUUGAUGUGAGACAGAAGGUGGUGGAGAUGAAGGAACGAAUUUGGAUUGCAAUUGAUGCAGUUGGGAGUGCAAUCUUACGUCGUCGGAAUGGAGCACAGUCCCCCUCGCUUGACUCGACAAUACUACCGAAACCAUUCACGCAAGAAUGCCAGGUCGCUUUUGUUGAUGUGAUACAAGAGGAUAACCCGGUUGAUGGUCAUUUUAAAAGGUGCGUCGUAAAUUUUUCAUAUUGCAUCUCGAAUUACCCUGAUUAUCGACCUGACAUUGACGCACUUCCUCCUGUUCAGACUGUCGUGAUGACCACAAUCGGCGGAAUCGAUCCGUCUGGCUCUGGCAUACCAUCCCUCGUUCUCAGAGACUUGUCAGAAUUUGCUACGCUCCCUUUCCUUGCCGCAUUCGACAUUCCUCCAGACCCCAAGAGUUCCACUCCCUCCAAACGCAUAACAUAUAUAGCCCUUGCAACGAAAACCAUGCCCAAACUUGCGUAUUCCAUCCCAGUGAAACUCAAAUAUGACUGCCCUUCACCUUCAAAACAUGGGAAGGACGUCAAGGAAUGUGCUCCUCAGAUAUCCGAUGAGCCACUUGAAGGCAUGUGGCGGCAGAUCGUAGAUGUCUUUCGUGGCGGAAUCCUCCCAGAUUGUUCCACUGCCGAGAGCUUUCCAUUGGACAUUCAAGAAGAGGAAGAGAACUUUGACCUUUCUCUCGUCGCUUCCCUCGAAAUCGACGUUGUUCCACAGACUCUUUCGGGAGCGCAGGACCUCGACUACUACGACGUUUCCGUUGUUGAUGGUUUCAACGUUUCGAUUGCUGUUACCGUCAGCAAUACCUCCUGCAGCACGGCAUCUUGUCCGGCUGAUCUGAACUCUGACUGCCCAGCGGACCUCCAAGUCCUUGAUUCCUCAGGAGCUGUUGUCGGAUGCAACAGUGCUUGUAAUGCUAAUCUUGACGGUGACCAAGCUGACUCUGCCAAUUGCUGUACCGGUUCACACGACACAGCUGCUACCUGCUCUCCCUCUGGAAUAACAGACUAUGACUUCUUCAAGGAUGCUUGUCCUAACUCCUACGUCUACGCUUAUGACGAAUCUAGCGGAACUGCUUUGUGGACUUGCCCUGAUAGCACAAGUCCAGAUUACACUUUGACUUUCUGCCCUUGA